AUGCCGUCGGGGUCGGGCUCCCGGGGGAGGCGACCGCGGCCUCCGGGGGAGGAAGAGGCUGGUGUGGCGGCUCCCGUGGUGGUGCACGUGAGUUCGUCCAGCCCGGGCGAGGAGGGAGGCUCUUCGUCGGAGGAAGAGGUGGGGAGCGAGGGCUACUCCGAUGAGGGUGCGAGGGGGCGUCGUGGUGGCGGUGGGGAAUCUAGGGUUUCGGCGACCGGAGACAAGGCGACGGGGAGAGGAGGCAGGGCAGAGGGGCCCUACGGCCUUUCCAGCUGCUCCAUUUGCAUGAGCGAGUGGACCGCCGAUGGCCCGCAUCGCGUAAGUUACAUUCCUUGUGGGCAUGUCUAUGGCAGAUUUUGCUCAGAAAGGUGGUUACUGCAGUGCGGGAAGAAAAAAGCACCGUGUCCUCAAUGCAGCAAGAGAUAUAAACAAAACAACAUUAUCAACCUCUAUGUACCAGAGAUUGUUGUUCCAAAUAAUGAUCUUGAAAAGCAAGUAUUGUCAUUGAGAGACAAAAAUGAAUCUCUUGAGAAGCAAAAAGCAAAAUUACUUGCGGAGAUAAAAGAGCAUAAGAAGCAGAUUGUGUUGCAACAAAAUAUAAUAUAUGAUUCGAGCUCAAAGAGACAGAAAAUGGCAGAGCACUCAUCAGAUGGAACGACAGAUGCAGAGCCAAUCGCCUCACUUACGGAGGACAUUGACUGUAGCAAUCUUUGCAGUUUUGUUCUCCAGAAUGAGUUUUUUCUUGACGGAGCUCGAGUCAUGGGCAUAGAUGCAUCCACCCAAAUUAUAUUCACUUCUGGAAGGGCACAUGGAGUAGGUGCUGAACAUGUCCUUACAAAGUUUCGGCAGAUCAGCAUGUUUGCUAGACAGGGAAUGCAGAGAACCCACCUCUCUCCUGAUACUAAAGCUGUUAGGGACAUCUGUAUACUGCCUGGGGGGCAUGCUGUUUUUGCAUCACUAAGCAGGAAAUUGCCACUUUUCAGCAUGUCAACCAACAAUGUUGUCCUUCAAUAUAAUCUACCGGUCCUGGUUGGUCCUGUUCAGGGGAUCAUACUAGUUCGACUCACAGUUAUGCUGGAUUACAGAAUGGCGUGCUAUUGGUCUUUGAUAUUCGUCAAACUUCAGCACCUUUGCAUUCUAUGAUGGGUCUAUCAACGCCCAGUCCAUACAAUCCACUCUGCUGUAAAUGACGGAAGCAAAUUUUAGAGGA